UCGCUCUACACUCCGCCACACGCAUCCGCCUCCGCUUACAACGGCAGUAAUGGGAGCCUAAGUACUCGCUUUUGUUUCAUUCAGAUUUCCCCCCUACUAAUAGUAACAAUAAGAGCAAGCAACCUUCAAAAUGAGUGUGAUGCAGACGACGAGUCGCCUUAUGGGCAGCAUAUGCCAUCAAAAUGGAGUCGUGGACGGUUUAAUGCAUUACGGCGUGCCCUUCGUCUCCGCUGCCGCUUCGUCGCCGCAGCUCCAGCCGGCCGCAGCGACAUUGGACGCCGUAAACGGUAACAGCGGAGCCGCCAAACAACGACCAACCGAGGUGAAGUUACCCUCUAAGGGCAGCUUCACCACUAUAAACCACCUUAACAGUCAAGACGACGACGACGACGACAUGGAGGACAGCCAAGGUUCCCCGCCAGGAACGCCGAGCCCGGAGGAAGAGCACGACGGCGGGAACAACAUCGUGGACGCCGAGACUAGGCGUCUCAUUAGCCGUUUUCUUAGUGACUUUACCGGGCUUUCAACAGCUCGUUGGAACGAAAGCAACGCACACAAAACCAUGCAAAGGGUAGUGACGACCUUGUUGGAAAAGCACAAGUAUAAAUACAAUGGUAUCAUCAACAAAUUGUCACUGGACGACCGAGGGGACAACGUGAGCUUUGUGAGCGAAGUUGCCAAAAGCCUAUUCUCGGACGGAACCACCAACUGGGGCCGGGUGGCCAGCCUGGUGGCUUUCGGCGCCGUCGUGUCCCAGUACCUGAAAGAAAAAGGCCGGGCCCACUGUGUGGAGCUGGUGGCCCAAGAGAUCUCUUCAUAUCUUCUCUCGUACCAGCGCAACUGGCUGGUGAAAAACAACUCUUGGGAUGGCUUUGUAGAAUUUUUUCGGGAAGUGGACCCGGAGGCGACCGUGAGGAACACGCUAAUGGCCUUUGCCGGAGUGGCCGGCAUCGGCGCCACGCUGGCCCUGUUGAUCAGGUGAAUUUUCCGGAAGCAAAUUUUUUUUUUUGUUGCCAAAACAACGGACAUUGCUGGAGAGUUUUAAGUCCACGUUUUCCCUGGACUAAAAGACUGAAAUAAAGGCGGAGUUGUUUUCCAGGCUGCAGUUCAACAAAGUUCAGUCUCAUAAACGCCUCAGUUUUUUUUCCAACCCCAGCGAUUAUUUAAUUUUUGGAAGAAAUUUAUUUUUGUAAUAGAUGACUAAACGUUUAUAUACAAAUUUAGGAGAAUUCAGCCCAGGUUUUUUUGCGGUGUUUUGUGAUUUGAGUUGAAGAGAUUUCCCACGCAGAUUUGAGAGAGUUUAUAGCCGGAGACGAAGCUCAUUUCCGUAAAAAUCCCAUUCCGAAACAAGUCGGUCAGCCGUCGCUUCCGCGGUCCGACGCCAGCAGCCGAGGAAAUGCAGAACUCGGCCAAGUACUGCGGACUGGAACGUUUGAGUUUCGUGCAAGGACCCUCCAAAGGACUUAGUACGUAACGAACGCAAAAGGUGAACGUGUUCUUCCGAAAGGUGAGCACACUGCGCUUGAACCGGUCCAGUUGACCACCAAGAGAAUGUUUUCAUACAAAAUUUGUUGUAUAGUUAAUAAUAAAAAACAGUUCAAAUUG